UGCUGGCUCUAAUCAACCCCAUUAGCAAGGGCUCUGGUGCUAAUCUGGGGGGCUCCUGAUGCCCCCCUCUCCCCCCACCCCGCAUGCCUGGCUUGCCUUCCUGCCCUGCUGUGUCAAUAUUUGCCCUGAGCAAAUGCAGAGCCCAUGACAGGUGUGCAGGGGAGACGGCACUCUCCUGGUGACAACCCAGCCCUCAGGCUCCUCCAUGCAGCCCCCCACGCCCUGGCCCCCCUUGCUGCCUGCCAAGCCAGAGCUAUUUUUAUCAGGCCUAUAAAAGCCACCGCAGGGCCAGCAUCACCCUCAUUUUCCACUUGCUCGGCUGGGAAGGUGAGUCCCUCACCUGGAGCUGCCAACGUGUCACUGGAGCCAGGUGAGAUGUUCCCAGGCUAUUGCUCAGCAAUGCCAUGGGGUGGGGGGAGGAAUGGGCGCUGGGAAGAGGAGGCUGGAGGCUGGAAGCUGCCACAAUGGGGGUUUGUUAUGGGGGGCUCAACACCCCAAAUGCACAGGGGCUUCUGCUGUGCCCCAGGACUAUCCCUGGUACUUGGGGAAGGGAGGAGAGAAAAGGGAACCUUGCUGGGACUUGCCUGAUUCAGCACUGCACUUCUGUGCCUUUGAUAGUUUUGCCAACAAGAGAGAAUUUAAGCAGAUGCAGCUUCUCCCAUCAGGGUGGAAAGAGAAGUUAAGCUUAGCAAAAUUCUCCCCUCUGUCAUUAUUUUUAAUUGCUUAAAGCAACGUGGCUAUCCAGUGUGAUUCAAGAGUCAGGGGAAACGGAAUCUGGAAUUUCCCUUCUCCAGACAGCAUUCGGUCCUACAUUGUACUGUUGUAAAACGGUUGGAUAUUAAAGGCAAAGAAAACCUAAGUAAAGGUAAAGGGACCCCUGACCAUUAGGUCCAGUCGUGACCGACUCUGGGGUUGCGCGCUCAUCUCGCAUUAUUGGCCGAGGGAGCCGGCGUAUAGCUUCCAGGUCAUGUGGCCAGCAUGACAAAGCCGCUUCUGGAAAACCAGAGCAGCACAUGGAUACGCCGUUUACCUUCCCGCUGUAGCGGUUCCUAUUUAUCUACUUGCAUUUUGACGUGCUUUCGAACUGCUAGGUUGGCAGGAGCUGGGACCAAGCAACGGGAGCUCACCCCGUCACAGGGAUUCGAACUGCCGACUUUCUGAUCAGCAAGCCCUAGGCUCAGUGGUUUAACCACAGCGCCACCUGGGUCCCAGUACUAUCCCGUACUAAAUACGAGGGUUUAGUUCUGCUUGCCUGCCAGGCAUGACCUCCGCCUCUCCUUUUCUUUAAUUUGUUUAUUGUUAAGUAUUUUUACUCCUGCGUCCAUUUUUAUUUUAUUUUACCAUUCCCUUCCAUCCUCCCUUUUCCUUUUAUUUCCCUAUAAGCUCUUUUUCUUCCACAGAUACCUCGGAGUUCCCUUCCAGGUGAUGCUCUGACUGGAAUCCCAUGUGGCGGCUGGGGCAUAUUUUGUGGCAGAAUGACAUGGCAGGAAUGGGCUUCUUCACACAUCUCCAGUAACCUGUCCCUGGGUGAUUGCUGUGCUUGCCUCGCGUCGAGCCCCACGCACAAGACCUGACGUGAAUGUUUUGUUCGUUCGGCUCGCGUUAGGCAGGUCCAGCCUAUCUACAAACACAUGGCAUGCCUGCGCAGUGGAAAUGGGUGACAUGCAUGUAGCAGACAUACCUACAUACACUGUGUGCUCACGGGGCAUCAUGCGCAUCCUUAGAGCCUUGUACACCUGUGCCCUCCUAUUGCUUCAACACCCAGCCUCUGCAACAAGUGAGCUACACUUGGCAAUACAGCCUGUCCAGGAAAACAGCCAUAGACAGCCCAGGCAACUUUAUAAAAGGGUUGGCUUGGCCACCGCAAGCCUUUUUCUGAGCAUGGCUGUAAUGGGAUAUUUUGAAGUGAGUUGUCAGCCAUCUUUGUCUUGCAUUACAUAGCUGCUAUGCUUGGGGAAAGGUUUUAUUGAAGGCUGCCAGCACUUGGAGAAAUCAUAUGUUUAAAAAGACAAUGCAAUUUACAAAGGACACCUGUAAAAUUGCUGCCCAUUUUGUCCUUUAACUACUUUAUUGACCAACUGAAUUUUGCCACUCUCGUUACAUUCUUUUAAUGCCUUUGACCGCCCACUAAUUGCAAGUCCCAUUAGGCUCAUUUUGCAGAAAGAAACCGAAGCAGAAACUAAACAAUUUGCCCUCCAAUUCCCAAAGGAAUUCUGUGGCAGAACUAGGAUUUUAAUAUGGCUUUUAAGGGUAUUUCCACUGCGCCCAUCAUUCCCAAUGCUAGCUCAUCCACAUAAUCCUGUCCUCGAUUAUGAGUGCUUUGGGUUGGAUCUUUUUGGCUGGCUAUUUUAGCUGCUUGUCAUAUACAUAGAAAUAAUUAUCAUCACCCAGAUACUGUGUUCUUUAGCCUUGUAGUACAAAAAAGAAUUUCUUUCGAUACAGUAAUGGGGGGGGGGAGGAAACAGAGUGGAAUGAAGGUGAACACAUAUGAGUUUUCCUCCUUUCACCAAAACAGAUUCCCUGCAAAAAAAAAAGGACUACUGAAAGAGGGUGCUUGUGUGAGGUUCAAAGAGCAGUCACCAGUCCUUAUGUAUGGAUACAGAAUCAGAUUAAUAUUAAGGGAUGCAGUUGUGGGCUGCUCAAAGAAAACUUCUGCCUUCCAUUUGGGAAAUCUCCAGCAACAGUUCCUCUGGAAACCCUGGAUACAGGAGCAUGGAUGCAUCUCCUCCAUAUUUACCUGAAAGUUUGGAAGUUAAGAGAGAGAGAGAGAGAGAGAGAGAGAGAGAGAGAGAGAGAGAGAGAGAGAGAGAGAGAGAGAGAGAAUUGCAGGGUGGGCUAGGGAGUGCUCUGCUUAGUCCCCAGUAACUUUAUCUUUCACAUCAGUCCUUGCUACCUCAAGCAGAAACUGGAGAGGAGAUUUGCAUCCGGGAAGGGAGAGCCAACACAGCCAGCUUCAGUUUUGAAUAAAAAUGACCUGUGAGCCAGCUAUUUUGGGAAUAGCCAGGGUGCAGCAAUAAAUUUGCUUAUCACCGGGGAUGAGAAAAGAUAACCAAAGAGGGCAAUCUGGUCCAUAGGGUCAUGAAGAGUCGGACAAGACUAAACAACAACAACGUAAGAAAAGUGCUGCUACUGCUAUGGUAAAAAAAACGAGGGAGAGUGAUUCCAGUAAGCACUCCAAAUGAGUUUUAGGAAUCACAUUUUGAACUUGACUAUCCAAAUCUCCAAUCCUAUGCACACUAACGUAGGGCAAGGACCAAGGACCAUUGAAUUUAAUGUGUCUUACAUCUGAGUAUACAUGACAUAGAAUUUUACCAUAAAUCUGUUGAAUGAAGGGACCUUACUUCUGCUGCCCAUGAAUUGUGCACUUUCCAGAUGCCCUCCUUGAAUCCCAGCUAUUUAAAUGAAUAAGCAAGUACUGUAUUUGUUUAGCUGCAUCAACAUUUUAACUUUUUACCAACCAAAAGUGGGUAACAAUGGUUCAUUGACCCUAAUUUCCAUCUUGGAUAUUUUAUUUUAGUUUCAAUCCUAAUUCAACUCAAAACAAUAGGUACCCUGCAGCAAAAAUCAUACUUUAGAAAUCAACCAAAUUUUUGUAUAUAUUAUGACAUCUUCACGUCGGCAAAUUUGCAUUUACAAAAGGUUUGCUUUUCCCCAAAGCCCCUUUUUUUCAAACACAUAUUACAAGAUAACUAUCAGUUUCAAUUGCACCAAUAAGCAAUUUUGAACACACAUGAAUAUUUUAGCAAUCACAACCAUGUGAAUUACUCAGCUUCAACAGAACUUCAAAAGAAGAUUGCCAAUCUUUACCUGGCAGGGCUUUAAUGCUUUUGAACCACUAGGUAACAAACAGAAAUUCAACAAAGUGAUGCUUUUUCCAGCAUCAAAUAAUGGGGAAAGUUUCCUCUGCCUGGUAAGAAAAAAAGGAACAACCUGAACACCUUGGACACAAAUAAUAGACAACUCUCCACAACAUUUUGUUUCCUUUCAGGAAAGUACAGUUGGGCCAUGAGGACUCCCACCCUGUCCCUAGGGUUUCUAAUUUUUCUACCAGCCCCAGUAACUGUGCUUUUAAGAUAACUUGACAUGCAGAUGUUAGUAAGUUAUACUAUUUUCCCUCAAUGCCAUGAAAAGCCUCCUUUGCAGAUUUCUCCCUAUCAAGCUGCUGUUACAGAAGCUGGCCAAGUAGUUUCUUUCUGGUGAGUGUUUGUGCUUCGGAGAUUUAAUAUGUAUGAUCCAACUGGCAGAACUCCUUAUAAAAUCAUAUUUACUGGCUACCGGAUGUGGUUCACUGGUCACAAUCCAGGUCCAAAAGAUAUUUGCCCUAUGGUAUCCACACUGUAUAGUAGGGUUGCCAGCAUUCUCGACUGGAGACAGUGCUUAAAACUUUGCCUCAUUGCACCAAAAGAAGAUACAGCAACCACACAGCCUUCUCUGUUCUUUCACAAAUCCCCUCACCUAUCCCCUUUCCUGUCUACUAUUCUGUGGCCAGCAGGAACCAUAAAUUAAACUCAAAACCAGCAAGGAAGGGGUUUCAGAGGAAGAACAGGUUGGAAAGCCCAGAAGUUGCAGACGACUCAGGACGCUGCAGCCUUCCUCAAUCUGUUGCCCUCCAGUCCCAGCCAGCAUGGCCAUAAUCAUAGUCCAAAACAUCUGGAAGGCAACAUAUGGUAGUUGGGUGCCUUAUAUGAAUUAAUAGUACAGACAUUAUACCUUGCAAUGAGUUUGGAACCUUACUGGAGACAUCCAUAGACCUUUACUCUGCACUUCUAUUUAAUCUACAUAUUAAAAUGACAUGUUGUCAAGAACAUAAGGCCAGGCCAAAGGUCCUGCUGGAUCAGGCCAAAGGUCUAUCUAGCCCAGCAUCAUGUUAUCACAGUGGUCUAUAGAAAUCCACAAGCAAGACUUGAACACAACAGCACCUUCCCAUAUAAUUCCCAUCAAUAAGUAUUCAGAGAGUGUUAGAAAAUCAGGUAUAUAAUCUAAUCACCAAAUGGCUCCUUAAAUAUAGGUUGUGGUCACAACAAUGGAAUGUCUAGGCAUGCAUUUUGGGGAUUUUUUUUGUAGUGUGGUUUAUUAUUAUUAUUCAUUUCAUUUCUAUGCUGCUUUAUAUAUAUUUUAAAAACAAAUCUCAAAGCAGUUUACAACACAUUAAAACAUCAAACCAAACAAUCCAAAAUGAAACAAAUUCAAGCUUCAAGGAAAAUAUUGCAGAUCCUUCUCUAAGUGACAUUUUGCUUUCCCCAGUUGCCAAUCUGGCAUCCAGAGAUCUCCGCGUGUUCACAAUUGGACCUGUACUAGUUGCAAAAUGCACCUGGUGCCUGACUAAUUUCUAACGCUGAUUCAGAGACAUACUGAAAUAUAGCCAUCCUCCAUGAAUUUGUCCAAUACUCUCUUAAAGGCAUUCAAGUUCCUGGCCAUCACUACUACAUCCUGAGGCAGCGGAAUCUAUCAUUUUACAACAUGCUGUGUGAAAAAGUACUUUCCUUUGUUCAGAAUUUUCCAGCAUUCAGCUUAGAUAAAAUGGCCCUGAUUUUGAUUUCUAGUAUUACUAGGCAGAAAGACUUCUCCCUAUCCACUUGUUAAGAGGAAAAUUACCACAAAGUACAGCCUAAACUCCAUGGUAACAGUUCUGCAGUUAAGACAGCAAAAACACUACUUACAUAUGUAUCAACAUUUACAUGUUAAUGGGUACCACUUUAAUGAGACACCCCCCUUUCAAACUCAUGGGUUAGAUGAAAAUCACCAUCUGUACAAUUAAACCUUCUCAGGAAGUUCAUCCACCCCAUUCAAACAAAACAUUUUCUCCUUCCCCAGAAAUGGCAGCGAGUCAGAGCUCAACAGGUGGGUAUUAGAAAAUAGCAGUUACAAUGCUAUCGGAAAAAGAAGCACAAAGAAAUAAAAAAGCUGUUGGUCACUUCAAAUAUGCUAAUAGCAAAGCCCCCAAUACAGUCUGAACAAAAUGAUAAACAGCCCACAUGUGUGUGUUAAAAACACUCAUCUGAAAAGGUUGCUCCAUGAACCUAAGUCUUUUGAGCCAGUCUCCAUUUGUUGAAACAAAUUGAUAAUUGAGAGCUAGGUCCCCUCUAGGCAUCAUACGAAGAGCAUCUCCUUAGAAGGUAGUCCCACUGGGUUCAAUGGGGCUUACUCCCUAGUAAGGACUGUAAUCUCAAACAGCACUGCUAUCUGUUUAACCCCACCGGUUUAAAACUGUCUUGACAAGUUUAUUUAUGGCAAUAUUUUUCCUAGCUAUGCAAAUCUGUGUCCUCUUUUUUGGUGAUAUAUAAGCGACAGACCAACACAUUUAAGCUCUCUCUCUCACUUGAACCAUGUAUGGUUUAACUGCUUAAGAGAACACAAAUCUGCUUCUUCACAAAUGGGAUGCCAUCUGUUUUUUAUGGAAGGAGACUGUUCUUUUAAUUGCUAUUUGGCAGGUAGGCACCCAACAGGCAAGACUUUUUCAUUUCUUUCUUUGUUUGCAUGGAAAUGAAAUUAUGAUGACAGCUGUACUUGUUAAAUUUCUUUUACGCUGUAACUGCAAAGGGCAUAGAAUAUUGGUUCCUAACAUGGUGGCAACCAUAUGCGCAGAUCAGGACUGCUCCCUUCAGAUCAGUUCCUCUUUUCUCCUCAAUCUAUCAGAUAGCAUUCUAGGAGGCCUCCCUCCUAGCAAAUUGGAAAUGCUUCAAGCUUUCAUUUAUUUUAGGGUUGCCAUGUUUCAAAAAGUAAAAACCAGGACACCCUGAAAACUGUGCCGCACUUCAUUGACAUAGAUUUCGUUUAAACACAACUAUAUUCAGAUGCAACCUGCACUCACUUGCAUUCUUAUUAUUCCCACAUUGCCUUUUGUUUUCUUAUGCACUAAAGUCAUUUCUCAAAUCUUAAUUUUUCUGCCUAUAAUUCCAAGACCCAAAUAUCAUUCUUCAGGAUUUUUCCUUGCAUUUCACCCCUGAAAGCAUUCUGAAAGUAUUUAUUUUUUAACUGUUUCAUGAUAUUCCCCUGCCCACCAGUGACUUUUUAAUAAUGAAAGUGUGAUAGAUACGAGUGAGAUCCUGUUAUGCUGCUGUUUCUCCCUUAAAUAAAACUGGUCAAUUUUAUGCUCCACGGGAAAUGCAUAAUAUUUAGUUAAGAUUGUCAACUGGCCAGAAAACAACUGUUCAGCUCCUGUGCCUUGUAAAACAGCUUGAAAUCAGGUGAUGAUUUCACACCAUUGUCACCUACUAAUGUUUCCAUUAAAAGCACAAAAACAGAAGCUACUUUUUUCCAAGUUGGCAACCCUGUGUCUAAAGUGAAAGUUCAAAAAAAAUGAUGCAGAAGUGACCCGAGGGAGGGAGUUCCUUAAAGAAAGAGUACAGCUAGAUUCAUAAACUAGAGGAGUGCAUGGCCUCCAAAUAAUAUUUUUAACUAUCAAAUAGUUUUUCAAAAGUUAUUUGGUGUGUGUGUGUGUGUGUGUGUGUGUGUGUGUGUGUGUGUGUAUGACGUCACCUGUCACAGAUAACAUGCCUAAAAUAGCUGUGACACCCCUAAAAUGUAAUUGUGACCAACACAACCACAUUUCACAUUACACAUAAACCAGUGGGAACCAGUGUACAUUUAUUAUAUGCACAAACACAGUGGUUGACCACCAGAGGUCAAAGAGAACAACAACUACCAGAAGGCAUCUCAAGGCAGCCCUGUUUAGGGAAGCUUUUAAUGUUUGAUGGAUUUCUGUAUUUUAAUAUUUUGUUGGAAGCCGCCCAGAGUGGCUGGGGGAACCUGGCUAGAUGGGCGGGGUAUAAAUAAUAAAUUUAUUAUUAUUAUUAUUAUUAUUAUUAUUAUUAUUAUUAUUGCCUUCAUGAAAGGCUGCCUUUUAUUCUAGAAUAUCAGAAUUUUAUGGAAAAACAGGGUAUAUAUAUUAAUUAACAUUACACAAUCUGUGACCGUUAUUUCGGGGGGGGGGGCUAUCUUUGCUCUCACUUUGUUCAUUGGUUUCAUUGCAGCAUAAGAGAGCAAAAAGACUUGACAUGAAGUGACAUUUAGCCCAGAAGAAGGAAGGUCACAACCGAGUCAUAAGGCAUGUUGGACAUGGAGAGAGUUCCCUGAACAAUUCCUGCCCUUUUGCACCCCCUUGUGGGCCAGGGUGGGAUUCUCAACAACCACAACAGAGUGCUGGAUUUUCGUGGAAGGAUUUCUGCAAAAAUAGAAUGGGCUGGGAGGCCACUGAACCAGGUGUGGCUCCCACAGAGGUUACUCUGAAAUACAAAUGGACAGCCCUUCAUUGUUGUGCAAGCGGAAGAGCUGCCCAUGACCAGCCAGCCCAUGGAGACCCUGGGUCAAUUCAAGAUAACCGUCUGGGAGGAAGAAAACUUCCAGGGGAAGCGCUGUGAGUUUCUGAUGGAGUGUCCCAGCAUCAUGGAACGUGGCUUCCGCAAGAUCCGCUCCAUUAAGGUGGAAAGUGGCCCCUGGGUGGGGUUUGAGUACCCUGAAUACCAAGGACAGCAAUUCAUCUUGGAGAAAGGAGACUACCCUCGGUGGGAGGCCUGGAGUGGGAACAGUGGCUACAGGACCGAGCACCUGCUCUCCUUCCGGACUAUCAAGUGUGCUAACCACAGUGACAGCAAAGUGACCCUGUAUGAGGCAGAGAACUUCCAAGGACGCAAGUUUGAGCUCAGCGAUGACUAUCCAUCCCUGCAGGCCAUGGGCUGGGGCAACAAGGAGGUGGCUUCUAUCAAGGUCAAUUCUGGAGCAUGGGUGGCAUAUCAAUACCCAGGGUACCGGGGCUACCAAUAUGUCCUGGAGCGGGACAGACAGAAUGGUGAAUACAAAAAGUACAGCGAAUACAGCACCCAGGCCCACACCAACCAGAUCCAGUCCAUCCGCCGUGUCCAGCACUGAGCUGUGUCUUAGCAGCAGCAGCAGCAGCAGCAGCAGCAGCAGCAGCAGCAGCAGCAGCAGCAGCAGCAGCCCUCCUGCACUCCACCAGCACCCCCCACACCUGCCUCUGCGCCCAAGGGCCCGCCAAGCAGUAGACCUGCACCUGGUAGCCAAUAAAGGCAUUU